AUAGAAAUUACUUUUCUUUUCUGCGAAUUUAAAUUUUAAUUUGACAUUUCUUUUAUUUCAUAUUCUAUUGAAGUUUCACAGACGUAGAAGGAAACUAUCAUCGCGAUAAUUUAUAAUAUACAGUAUUUACGUGUCAGAUAUUCACAAUAAAGUAAUUGUUGUUAAUAUUGUUAUUAACUAUUAUAUCGACACGAAAUGUUGCUUAGAUUUGUUACGAAUAUAUUUAUUUCGUUUUUAUAUACUUUUAUUCUUUUAUUAUUCAACGCAACAUCAAACGUCAAUAAUGUAACGCAAAUUUUGAAAAUUUAAAUACUUUGCUACAUUUGGUUGGUAACGUAUCAAAGUUGUCUGUCGAUAAGUGCUCCACUAUGAGCGACAAAAUGAACAGAGUUCCAGCUUUAAAAUAUUGAAUUAUAAUAUUGUACAUUGUAUCUAAAAACUUGUAUGUCAAUAUCUGAAUGAAUGUACUCAAAACAACAUAAUUUGUUUACAAGUUGUUAAUUUAAAAUUUAUAAUAUAUAUUAGAAAUAUUUCUUUGGAAGAUAAACUUAAUAGAGACAUUACUGUACUUGUUUAUCAAUCUCAAUAAAUUUAUUAUGUUAAAGUAUAUUUCAAUGAUAUUCUUACAUUUUAUAUACAGGAUAAUCGUGUAAUAAAACAGAAAUUAUGUAAGACUAUAUUUUGUAAGGAUGUAUUGCUUGUUACGUCCUUGUUUUCAAACAGGCCUUCGUUUGACAUCGAAGAUCAGGUUGACCUACGUUUGCAUUUUCAUUGGCCUUAUUGCAUUGCUUGAUUUUUUUGGGGCGUUCACUCAUUUAUUUGAGAUUACGUACGAUUCAAAUUUUGUUUAUCCGUACGAAGGUGAUGUACAUGAUUUUGUGAACGCGUUACGACACAAUGAAGAACCUGCUGUCGAACCCAUAAAUGAAUAUAAGUAUACAUUUCUGCUUAAUAAUCAACAGAAAUGCGUAGACACCGCAUACAGUACGUUUCGUCUUAUCUACGUAGUAAAAUCUUCAAUAGAGAAUUUUGAACGACGAUCGGCAAUUAGAAAUUCUUGGGGUUUUGAGAAACGAUUUUUUGAUGUACCUUUAAGAACAAUUUUUAUGUUAGGUGUACAUCCAUAUGACGAUGAACUUCAAGCAAAAGUGAAAAUUGAGGCUGCAAAAUAUAGAGAUAUCAUACAAGCAGAUUUUAUAGAUUCGUAUUAUAAUAAUACCAUUAAAACUAUAAUGGGUUUUAAAUGGUUAGUAAAGUAUUGUCCAAACUCAAAGUUUUACAUGUUUGUUGAUGAUGAUAUAUACGUUUCUGUAAAAAAUGUUUUAAGAUUUAUAAGAAAUCCAGUUAACUAUCCUGAUUAUUUGAAAGAACCUAAAAAAAUUGGUGCUCAUAAAAGAGAAAUUAAAGAUAGUGAUAAAAUGGAUAAUGAUACUACUACGCAAAUAAGUACUUUCGACAAAAAAAGUUUAUUUGUUUAUGAAAAAUUAGGAAAAAAAGAAUAUCUCGUGGACCAAAUUAUUCAUAAAUUAAAGCAAAAUUCUUAUAAUAGAACUUUACAUACAAUUCCUCCAAUUAAUUAUAGUAAACAAAAUAGUGUAAACUUAAAAUUUCCUCAGAAAGAAAAUAUAGAUAGUACAUUUACGAUGAAUAGAACGAAAAGGCAAAUUUUUGAUUUUGAACUUCCGGACGAUGUUAGAUUGUUCGCAGGAUUUGUAUUUGUAUCUUCACCUCAUCGUCACAAAUCUUCCAAAUGGUACAUUUCUCUUAGCGAAUAUCCAUAUCACUUGUGGCCACCUUAUAUUACAGCUGGUGCAUACAUAUUAUCCAAAGAAGCUCUUUUAGAUAUGUAUUAUACUAGUCUUUAUACUAAGCACUUUAAAUUUGAUGAUAUUUUUUUAGGCAUAGUUGCAAAAAAGGCAGACAUAGAACCUUUUCAUUGUGAGGAAUUUCAUUUUCAUAAAAAAGAUUACACAAGAUUUAAUUAUAAAUAUGUAAUAACUUCUCAUGGAUAUGGAAAUCCAAAUGAGUUACUGUAUGUAUGGAACGAACAAAAAGCUUUUGGCAAUGCUUAAAUUUCUGACUACAAUCAAAAUAUUUUUAAUACGAUUUUUAUUUGAAUGUGAAUAGAGUAUAAACAUUAAAAAAUAAAAUCAAAUAUCGUAUAGUUCCAUA